AUGUUAAUCUCUAAAAGAUUGUCGGCAGAGGAGAAUGCGAGCAUUAGCAAGGAUGUGAAGGAGCUAACCGAGAAGAUGGCAUCGUGCCCACUUGCGGAGUUUGUUGCCCUUAUGAGGGCGGAAAUCGCAAAACCUUGGAAUGAGCUCCGUUUGGACCUCUACCAGUAUAUCCCGGUGUUGAAUCGCAUGGACGGGAUUUUGGAGGAGCACGUUAAGAAGUACAAGCUAGAGGGAGAGUUCGGGGACUUGAUUUUCGUCGACCCGAAGGACGAAACGUUGAUUGUGACGUGUCUUGAGUACAGCUACAUUUUGCUCCGGUACUGCAAGUCGAAGGAGGUCUACAACUCGUCGGAAUUCGUGAGCGAUCUCUUUUUGUCGACAUCCUUGGACAUCAAGAUGAGCGCGAUGAAGUUGUCGUACAUACUAUGGGAGAGAUUUGCUCCCUCUGAGCGUGCACAGAGGUCCUUGCCGAAAAACAAGGAGAAGGUGUUGCUCACUUUGACGUCGAGCUUCCCGCCAAGGGCGAAUGCAUUGCCCGCGGAGCCGACGGCAGAGGGCAGCGUUGGUGAGGCGGUGCAGACGAAUUUAGGAGCGAAGAGAAGUGGAGGACUGGACAAAUCAAAACCGAGAGCCAAGACGGAUGCCUCCGGAUACCGGAAUAUCGGCUUGAUUGAGUGCAUGCAGCGGGACUUUGUAGUUCCGGACAAGUGGAAGCGGCUGGACUUCGAGUACUACAACGUGGCCCCGCGGAUCAUUGGCGAUCAGGAGCUUUCGGAGGCAGUGAAGAAGGUGAUAAUCCACAAGUCAUCGGGCAAGAAAGGGGGCAAGGUACACGGGAAGCUGAUCACGAGGGGGAAGCGGGGCUCGGCCGGCAUAGAGCUCUCGCAGGAGGGCAUUCACCGCUUCAGGCUGAGCCCUGCGUCGGUUGCAAAGCUGCCAUUGCAGCAGAUACUGGAUCUGGGCUCGAAGAUGGUUCCGAAGGAGAGGUGGCCGGAGUUUGUGGUUGCCGUUUAUGUGGCCAAGGCGUACUGCAACAGCUGUGAUGAGGCGGUGGGCCUGAGAAGGAAGCUCGUGACAUUCAAGUGUCUCUGCCUGGACGUUUGCUCGAGCUGUUUUGCGUACAUGGUGCUUGCAGACACGGUGUUGGAGGAGGAGCCAGCGUUGCUGGGCGAGAUGUCGGAGCUAAUCGACCCGGAGAACGCCGAGCAGGUGCCGUAUGAGGCGUCGCUCGCCGCAUUGCGUGCGUUUGUCGGGAUGUCGGUGUUCAAACCCGGGUGCUCGGACAUUCUCCGGGCCUGGGGGGGCAACAUGGGCCGGAGCGAGAUGUUUGCGAUCCUGGAAACGAUCCUCGAGGGUGCGAAAAGGGACCAGGUGCUGAUGCAACAGCCGUACAUGAACUACGUGUUCAACAUGGUGGCGAACUUCAUGGACCACCGUCGGUUCGCCGGGUACCUGCGGAGUGCCGGGUUGAUGAGUAUUCUCCUUGAGCUGGUGGCCCAGCGGACAAACUACCGACUCACGCGGUCCGGGCCGAUCCACUUGAUCGAGAUGUUCAUUGACGGGUGCCCGGAGGUGUUGGACGACUUCAUUGCACAGGACGGGUUCCGGAUCGUGAUUGAGGCGUUGCAGUACGAGGUGGAUUUCGCACUUGAGCACCCGGAGUACGGCGGGGGGCGGCCAACCGGUGCAGAUAUUACGUUCAGCAUUACUGUCCGGCAGGUGAAGACGAUGAGCUUUCUGCUGAAGCUCGUGUGCAACUUGAUAACGAGACACCCCGGCGACAGGAUGCGGAACUUGUACGACUCGGAGAUCCUGCAGAGCCUGAUCAAGAUCAUGCAGCACCCGCCAGUUUUCGGUGUUUCGUUGCUUGCCGACACGCUCCGCAUCGUGUCUGGCAUCCUCAACAGCGAGCCGACGGCAUACGCGAUCCUCGAGGAGGGCGGGGUCGUGGACGCGUUUUUCGAGGGGCUCGACACGUUUCUGAUGCCGGACGGUGCACUUCUCGCGGAGAUCCCAGACGUGGUUGGUGCCAUAGCCCUCAACCGGCGGGGGAACGCGCGGGUUUUGCGUGAAAAGGUCGUCGAGAGGACGAUCGGCGUGUUGAAGGACGCCGCCUUGUGCACGCAGCUUCUGCGUGAGGACUACUUUGUGGCCCUGGGCCGCGGGUUGGACGAGCUUGCCCGGCACUACCCGAACUUGCAGCCGGCGGUGUGGGCCAGCGUGGCCGAAGUGCUGGCUAGCGUGCCAGGGGCGGUGGAAUUCCGGCCCACGCAGCUGUACCAGUCGGAAACCGGGUGUUUCUACAAGUCACCGGACGAGAAGGUGGUGCAGGACGAGCCUGGCGGCACGGAGUUGCCAACGUGGCGGGCGAGGGGCCCAGGCAGCGUGCUGGAGUGCAGUGCAACGGUCUGCUCGAUGCUGUUUGACGGGUCGGGUAGCUGGGACACGCACCUGGACGUGGCCGGCACAGUUUCAGCGGUUGUCGGGUUCGUGACCGUUGAAAACGCGCCUUUCGACUACGUGGUGUCUAACGCGGUGUACGCGGUGGCCGGUAUGAUGAAGGCUGUGUCCGAGAGGCACAGGGGGGCUUUUUUGCACAGGCUGUGCGAGGAGUUGCUACGUGUCCUCGAGGGCCUCCGGGACUUCAUUUAUUACACGGACAACACGAGCUCGUUCUUCGACCAGUUCGAGGGCCGCGACCCGGAGCUCGGGGGCAGGUACUUGUCCCAUUUGGGCAUCGCCAACUGCUUGCUGUACCUCCUGAGCGACGUGUACGUGUCGCCGAACAAGAUGCAGAACAAGUGCAGCCAGGAUUUGGCCCGGGAGUUCGACUCGGGACCCGGCCGGCGUCUCCUGGACCUCAUGCUGCACUUCUACCGGCGGAUUGCACUGGAAGAGGCGAUUUUCCACUGGCGGACGCCGGCCAAGGCCGCGGAGAACGCCGUGUGGACCCACCAGGGCAUCUCGCGGUACCACGCGGAGAUUGGGCGGCCGGCAGCACGGGGUCGCCGCCGCGGCACCAGUGCCAAGUCCAAGAACUUGGCCGUGUUGUUCUUCCACUUCUCACGGUGCCAGGCCUGGCUCCGGUACAUUUUCGCUGGGCUCUGCCGCCUAGGUGGUGAUGAGUCGUGUACGGGGGACGAUUUCGGCCGUGCAUUGGGUAUAUUGCUGCGGUACGCCGAGACGGCGACGCGUUUGCUGGAUGGGAGAGAAGAACAAUUCUCGAAUGAAGACUUAAGCGAGAGCAUGAAUGAAAACUCUAAUUAUGAAUCAUCAAGCCAGAACUUGAAUCAAUCCAUUCAAUCCCCUCAAUCAUCUAGCCAGAACUUGAACCAAUCCACCAACCACCAAUCCACCCCAACCCCCAUCUCUUCCGCCUACUCCCUCCUCGCCUUCAACCACAUCUUUUCCUCCGUCGCAAUGCCCCCCUCGGCGUCCGCUUCCGUCAACUCUGUCCUCAUCAUCGCAUUGUUGCAGUUCGGUUGCUUCAAACGGCUCCGGGAGCUCGCUGGGGACGCAUUCCGGCGGCUUGCGACGUUUUCCCCGGCCCAGAUCACCAAGUACGCAAACGCCAAGUACGUCGACAUCCACCCCUGCUCGACCACAAUCGUGUUCUUGAACCAGGUGCUCAGCUUUUACGCCUUGGCAACCGGCAGGGACUCUGUGCAGUAUGUGCCAAAAGCAAGGCUCAUGUACCCCGGCCUGCAACGUGAACACGUGGCCUUUGCAAAGGAGGUCGGCAGCUCUCUUCUCGUGCAGACUUCGAUCGCCGGGUUCGCGUUGCUCGAAGAGGUUCUCGGAAAGGACCACUGCGAUAUUCUCGCACAACCCCGGGGCAUCCCCUCGCAGCUAAUCGAGAAGCUUGCGGUUAUCAGCGAGAACUUCUACGUUUCUGCAAAUUCCACAACUCGCAACCUUGCCUUCGAGGGCCGGCUCUACUGCCUGAGUGCACAGCCGGAAACCGUGCAGAGGACGCUGGCCACAACCCCACACCAGUUCCUGCACCUCUGCACCAUGGAUGACUUGAACUUCAUCCGCGGGGCACACCAGUCGCGGCUGCUGGGCCAGUGGUACCGGAUGGCGGAGUUGUUUCCGGCGGUAUCGCCGACGGUAAGCACGCUGUUGGGUCACGUGUGCAGCCACUCCUCAUACUUCUUCUAUCCGGACGUGGUUGGACCCUUGGUGCCGAGAAUAAUUACGUGCAUUGAUGGAAGAGAAGGAGAUGGAGAUGGAAAUGGAGAAGAUGAUUCUUCUAUAAAUUCUACAAACACCGCCUCCAAUGCCUCGAGCCUCCUCAGAGUCCUCCACUCCCUCAUCGACGACGAUGCCGGCAUCUGCAACCACCAGAACAUGCACAUCAUGAUCGCCAAGCUGCUCGUGGACGUCAUUGAGCCUGCAAACAUCAACUCGGCCUGGAUGCCUGACUUGUUGGCCGUGCUAUUGCGCUACUUAACGCACUCCCGGGUGCCCAAAGUGCCCAACACUGACCCCAUAUCCGUCUCCUGCGAUCUCCCGGACUACAAGAUCUCAUUUCCAGCCGUUUGGGUCGUCGACCCGCUCUGCGAAAGCAUCCUUUUCGAAACCUUGUUGGAGGUCACCGAGGUCCGAAGUGCGUCGCUAGCUGCAGAAUUAUGCAAAGUCAUGCUUGUUCUCUGCGAUUCCUACGCGAAAGUUCGCCGUGUGUUCUCAAGCAGCCUUGUCCGGGCCAUUUUGGAGUAUUUCCGCCUCGCUCCUCUCGAAAUGGACCCCGUCCAGGGUUUCGUCAUGUGUCUUUUGCGGUACGGGUUCGAGAACCAGGCUGUAGUUCGUGCCUACAUGCAGAACGAGGUUGACAAGGACUUCUCGUUCAACCGGGGCCACUUCCGGCCUGCUCCGGUCCGCGAUCUCCCGGGUUUGGUCAAACAGCAGGGCGUGCUUGUUCUCCGGGACCCCGAUGCGUACAUCGACACGCUUUCCUCGAAGGUGAUCCUAUACCAGUUCGAGGAGCCUCUUUGUUUUCUUGAUGUGUCUGUUCGCACGAAGGGCGAUGAUGCGAUAAUCGAGAAGGAUAAAGCAAAUGCUGAGGUGAAUGAUAAUGUCAAAGGUGAAGAUAAAGCUGAAGUAAAUAAUGUCAAAGGUGAAGAUAAAGCUGAAGUAAAUAAUGCCAAAGGUGAAGAUAAAGCUGAAGUAAAUGAUAAUGUCAAAGGUGAAGAUAAAGCUGAAGUAAAUGAUAACUACAACACAGGCGUCAUGAACUUGCUCCUCUCAGAACUCAUGUCCAUGACCAAAACAGACUUGCUCUCCUCGCCUCCCAAAGAACAAACAGAUACCCCAGACAAAAUCAAACCAAAGGUCAAGGUCUACCUCCCAGACACAUACAAAGUGAUCCACAACUACGAGGAGGUGUUCGAAAACAAAAACCUCGUCUACACGCUCUUUCUUCUCCGGGCAAUCGGAGAGUGCUUGUACUCGUACAAGCAGGCCAAGAUGGAGUUCAUCCUGUUCUCGAAAAAAAUGGAUAACACCGACGGCAAACCCAAGAGCACAGCCAUCAAUAUCUUGAUCCACCGGCUCAUGAACUCGAAUCCGUUCUCGCAGGCUGACUCGGCACGCGAGAGCAGAAAAGCACUUCUUUCCGAGUAUGCCGAUAUGUGCAUCAACGCCUUGGUGACCGGUGUCCCUGCUUCAAAGGAAGGUGUCGAAAAUCCAAAGCUUGUGGACCCAGACAUGACCUUCAUCCGCAAGUUCACGGUGGACAUUCUUCUCAAGGCGCUGCGACCGGAAAACCUGCCGAAAGCCAGCAUGCUUGCCCGGUACAGCAAGAUAUACAACAUCGUGGAAUGCAGCACGAAGCUGUUGGGCGACUUCGAGUCGCUCGUCUCGUCAUCGAUGCGGGAUUUCGACUUUCUCAAGUACGAGCGGUACUACAUCGGCCGGGAGUUCCUCGACAAGAGGUUCAACAACGUGUUGGUUUCGGUGAUCUCCGGCCUGGAUGUCAACUUCCCCUACAGCAAGCGCGUUUCCGACCUCGUGAUGAAGUGCUUUAGUCUGCUGGGCCGCAUCAAGACGCGGUUUGACGACUUAUUCCGCGAUGAGGGCCACAGUGGCGAUAACGACGAGGAAUUGAUCAAUGAUGAGGACUUGGAGGUGGCCGAGGAGGCGCCGGACUUGCUCAAAAACUCCACACUCGGCAUGUAUGAUGUGGAUGAGAUCGAAGACGAGGAUGAGGACGAGGAUGAGGAUGAGGACUUGGACGAGAUGAUCUUGGAUAACGGCGAUAUCGAGAUCGUGUACUCUCCCGCGGGAAGUGAUGACGAGGACAUGGAUGAAAGCGAGAUGGAGGACGAGUCCGAAUCCAGUGAGUACGACGGGCACAGGUACAUCAACGAUGAUGUCAUGAUAGACAUCGUGGAUGACGAUGAUGAUGAUUCGGGCAGUGCCGGCGAUUCUGGCGACGCAGUUUCGUCUUUUUCGUCAUUCUCGUCGAUUUCGGGCAACAAUUCAUUUGAUUCUGAGGCCGGCGAUUUUGGCCCCGAUGAGGAAGCAAAUGCACAAAAUGCAGAUGUGCAAAGCUACGAUGCGGAAAACGAGAUUGAGGAAAGCGAGGAUGCCGAAAACAGCGAGCGGGACAGCGCGAUUCUCGAUGAGUGGCUUAACGAGCAUCCGGAUGAGUCCGAAAACUCAGAUGAGGACAUCCUGGAUCAGCCGGAGGACCACAUGCGGGAUGUUGAAGACAGCAAUUUUUCCGCGGACGGGUUUGAGGACAGCGACGUGGAGGUGAUCGACGAAAACGACGACGACGCGUCGCACCGGACGCUCAGCCGGAUGUUUGUGCCGACCGGGGUCCGGCGGACGGAUUUGGCAAUUUCGCCACCCUUCGAGGCUGUGUCGGGAGGGCACAACAAUUUUUCUGCCAUCACGGUGUUGGACGAGGGCGUUGUGCCGGGUAACGCCGGCGGCCGGGCGCCUGUAGUUUCGUUCCGGGGCGGUUUGGCGCCGGGCGGCGGCACGCUUGCGGAGGUGUUGCGGGCACUAAACUUCCACGACAAGGAUCAAUUUUCCGCGCGCCAGCGCAUUCCCAAUUUGACGAUGAAGGGCACAGUUUCGCGGUGGGGCGAGGUGUACCGACUUUUUUCCGCGCGCGAGCGCAACAAGGACACCUGCCGGGUUAUUCCGACGAUUGUGAACCGGGUGGCUGCGGCAAGCCGCGCAGUGAAUGAAGCGGCAAGGCGCGUGACGAUGCGCGAGAUGGAGGAGCGCGAGAAGGCGGAGGAGGCGGAGCGGCAGGCGGCCGCCAAGAUGGAGCGUGCGCGUGCGCGCCGGGCUGCGCUGGGCGAGAUAGAGCCCGUUUUCGUGAUGAUCGAGGGCAUGCCCGUGGACAUCGCUGGGUCCGAUAUCGACCCGCAGUUUUUGAUGGCGCUCCCUGACGAUAUGCGCGCGGAUGUGUUUGCGGACCAUGUGGAGCAGCGCAGGCGCGAGGCCGCACGCACCGGCCAGCACGUGCGCGAGCAGGACCCGGACUUCGUUGCAUCUCUCCCGGAGGAUAUUCGUGCCAAUUGCAACUACGAAGAUUUUGGGGAGGGAAGUGAGAAUGAAAAUGAAGGAAGUGAAAAUGAAAAUCAUGAAAGUGAAAAUCAUGAAAGUGAAAAUAAUGAUGGUGAAAAUCAUGAUGGUGAAAAUGAAAAUAAUGAUGGUGAGAAUAAUGAAAGUAACGAUAAUGAUAAUAACAAUCACCAAAUGCAAAAUUAUGGAAUUCACCAACCAGAUGUCCCUCACCCCCCUAACCAAGACAAACACAAACUCUUCUUCACCCCCCUCAUCGACAAAUACGGCGUGGCUGCAGUCAUGAAGCUUUUGUUCGUGCCGCGAAAAUUCGAGCAUCGCAAAUCCCUUUUUGAGGCGAUGCACUACCUGUGCAAAAACAGACGCACAAGGAGCGAAAUGAUCACGGUCCUGUUUUACAUCCUGCAGGAGGGACUCAAGGGCCAGCAGGCGCUGCAGUCGCUGUACGGGCACUUGUGUGCGGUGGGCCGCCACACGGCGCCCGGUGCGCCCGGUGCCCCCGGUGUGGCCGCCGGCGACAGCGGCAGCUUCCCCGUGGGGUGCACGCCGCUGACCGUGGCCGCGCAGACCAUGGAUGCCGUGCAGAGCUUAUUGGAGCGCGCGGGCUACAUGCGGCUGCAUUUCUUGAAGGUGCAGGAAAACAGCCCACUGCUCAAGAAGGCCGCCAAGCGCCACGGCGCAUCCGGAAGCGGCUGUCGGUAUCCGAUUAAUUCUUUGCUUCUUCUUCUCCGCAAAGAUCUGAUCCGCGAUGAUUCAAAUCUUAUGGAUGCGCUUACGCGGUGCAUACAGAUGGCAACUUCUCCUUUGCGCGUGUGUAGGGAUGUUGGGGGCAGAAGUGAGGGUGAGGGUGAGGGAGGAAAUUAUGAUUCCAGAAUUUUAGGAGGUAGCGAUAGAAAUUAUUCCCAUGUUCAAUCUGCUGAGGGCACAAAUGAUGGAAGAAAUCCGGAGGGUGCAAGUUUGGCAAAUGCUCAAUUUUCUGAGGGCACAAACACGAGAUCUGAAAACAACAAUAAAAGAAUUAAAACAGGUAAAAAUCUCCCUGCCCUCCCGGAGAUCCCAGCCUCAAAUCUCCAUCUUUUGGUCAAUGUCCUCGUCCUAGAUGAAUGUGCGGGAAAAGUGUUCCGGCAGGUUAUCGCAUCGAUCCAGAACUUGUCCGUGUUGCCCGUCGCGCAAAAAGUGUUCCCCCGCGAGCUCUCAGCCCGGGCCAUGACUCUCAGCACGAAAAUUUGUGCGGACCUCCGCGUGCUCACGGCUGAAUUGGGCCCGGGGCAGAGCGAACCGGCCGCGGGCGACCUGCUCGCGCCCUUCUCUUUCCCCGCGGCAGACCAGACAAAACUCCUCCGGGUGCUCACCGCGUUGGACUUUUUGUUCCAGGGUGCGGACCGCCCGGUGGACGAUGCCACGCAGCUCAGGUGCUUGUACAAAAAAUUGGCCCUGGGGCCACUCUGGGGGGCACUAAGUGAUUGUUUGCGGAUUCUCGGUGGCAGAAAGGAUCCGGCACACGUGACAACUGCUCUUUCGCCGCUUAUUGAGUCGUUGAUGGUUGUUUGCAAGCAUAGUAGUGAAGGAAGGGAAGGAAGUGAAGGAAGUGAAGGAAGAGUAGGAAGUGAAGGAAGGGAAGGAAGUGAAGCAAGUGAAGCAAAUGAAGAAAGUGAAGCAAAUGAAGAAAGUGAAGCAAAUGAAGAAAGUGAAGCAGAUGAAGGAAGUGAAGCAGAUGAAGGAAAUGAAGGAAGUGAAGAAAGUAAAGAAAGUAAAGCAAAUGAAGAAAAUAAAAAAGAUGUCACCAUCUCCAACUCCUUCCAAACUAAAGCUCACGACUUCUCCAAAGAACCAAUCGAAAGCCUCUUCUUCUCGUUCACAGAAGAACACAAGAAGAUCUUGAAUGCGAUGAUUCGCGAGAAUCCAAAGUUGAUGAGUGGCCCAUUCUCGGUCCUGAUCAGAAACCCCAAGGUUCUCGAGUUCGACAACAAGCGGGCAUACUUCCAGAAGAAGUUGCACGAGUCAGAUGGCAUCCGGACACCACUAAGCGUGACGGUUCGCCGGGAUCAGGUUUUCCUCGAUUCUUACCGGGCUCUCUUCUUCAAGCCGAUCGACAAGGUGGCGAAAAGCAGCCUUGAGAUUCAUUUCAAAGGUGAAGAAGGCGUGGAUGCGGGUGGCUUGACCCGGGAGUGGUACCAGGUGCUUUCAAGGCAGAUUUUCAACCCAGAUUACGCCUUGUUCACACCGGUGACCUCUGAUAAAACCACCUUCCACCCAAACCGGACGUCCUGGAUCAACCCGGAGCAUCUCUCGUUCUUCAAGUUUGUCGGUAUGAUCAUCGGCAAGGCCAUCUAUGACGGAUACAUGCUCGACUGCCACUUCACCAGGGCUGUGUUCAAGAGAUUGUUGGGCAAACCCGUCUCGCUCAAGGACAUGGAGUCGCUCGAUCCAGACUACUACAAGUCCCUCGUGUGGAUGCUGCAGAACAACAUCACUGACAUCAUCACCGAGACCUUCUCUGUCGAGGAGGACAACUACGGUGAGCACAAGGUCAUCGACUUGAAGGAAAACGGCCGAAAUAUCCCCGUCACCGAGCAAAACAAGCACGAGUACGUCCGGCUCAUCGUCGAUUACCGGCUGAUCACCUCUGUCAAGCAGCAGCUCGACAACUUCUUGCUUGGAUUCUACCAGGUGGUCCCAGAGUCGCUAGUCUCCAUCUUUGAUGAACGUGAGCUGGAGUUGCUCAUCUCCGGUUUGCCCGACAUCGACGUCGACGACUGGAAAAACAACACCAACUACGUCAACUACUCUGCUUCCUCACCCCAGAUCCAGUGGUUCUGGAGGGCUGUCAAGUCUUUUGACACCGAGGAAAGAGCAAAGCUUCUCCAGUUCUCCACUGGCUCCUCCAAGGUCCCACUAAACGGCUUCAAGGAGUUGAGCGGCGUCAACGGCAUCUCCAAGUUCAGCAUUCAUCGAACCUACGAGGACACGGAUCGUCUUCCUACUGCACAUACAUGCUUUAACCAGAUUGAUCUACCUGCCUAUGAGAAUUAUGCCAAGCUUCGGGCCGCCUUGCUUCUGGCUGUCAGAGAGGGACACGAGGGCUUUGGAUUUGUUUGA